AUGACCCUUUUAUCUCCUCAUUUGGAGCAUAGAACGUCUACAGAAUCCUAUCUUACUCAGAUAUUAGAGCAUAUGUAUCUACUGACAUAUAGGACCUACAAUUUAACGUCGAAUCUAAACGGCACUGAUAAUCAUAGAUCUUUUGAAUUACCAGGUGGAACCAUUUUCGACUCCUUGAACGCGAAAAAUCGCGUUUGGGCUCAGAUAAACCAGAUUACAUCAGAUUCAAUAGAACCAAUUUGAGAUAGUAAAUGCCCGAGAAUUGUUAGUCGAGAGGAAUGGAAUGCCAGGGAUCAUCUCAAUUUCGAAAUUAUGCCAAUAAGACCAGUACCAUACGUGGUGGUCCAUCACGGAGGUAUACCUAAGUACUGUCAGGAUCAGGAGUCGUGCUCUAAACUCGUUAAAGACUAUCAAGAUCUGCAUCUGGAUGAACGGGGCUGGUGGGAUAUUGGAUAUAAUUUCAUCAUUGGCGAAGACGGUAACGUUUACAAGGGUCGCGGUUGGCAUUAUACUGGCGCGCAUGCAAUUGGAUAUAACACCCAGAGUAUUGGCAUAUGCAUCAUAGGAGAUUUCAGCGACUUUCUUCCGAACGAGGCCGCCCUGAAAGCAUUGAAGAAGCUGAUAGAUUGCGGAGUUUCACUCGGCAAGAUAAGAAAUAACUACAACGUGAUUGGUCAUCGACAAGUGCGAGACACGGUAUGCCCUGGCGAAAGUUUUUACAGGCACGUAGUUAACCUUCCCCGUUGGACUGCAAAUCCAAUACCUCACAUACGUACAACCACCACAACAAAGCCGAUAGAUAACAUCGUAGAGGAAAAUAGCCAUGGUGGUCAAAGAUCGUGCUCCGUGCAAUAUCUUGAAUUAAGAGUGCUUAUAUAUUGCGCAUCAAGUUGUAAACCGUAUCAGUACCGUUUGCAAGUCAAAAUGUACAUCGCGACGACGACUAUAUUAAUUUUCGUGACAAUCUGUGUGACACUGAUCGCCGCCCAGGAGAUUGCUGCUAAUAGUCCAAACAUCAUUUCUAGAGCAGAAUGGGGCGCUUUACCACCUAAAUCGCAAUCUAAUCUUAAAUUAAAACCAGCACCUUAUGUAAUCAUUCAUCAUUCAGUUGGCUCUGGUUGCGAAACUCAAGCUAUAUGUCAGUUAAAAGUGAGAGAAUUCCAGAGAUACCAUAUAAAUAACAGAGGAUGGACCGAUAUUGGUUAUAAUUUCCUAGUCGGUGAAGACGGAAAUGUGUACGAGGGUCGCGGAUGGGGCAAGAAAGGCGCUCAUUCUAAACCUUUCAACAGCAAGAGUAUUGGAAUUUGCAUCAUCGGAGAUUACAGAAACCGAACACCAAAAGCAGCGGCGGUACAAGCAGCGACUAACUUGAUUGCUUAUGGAGUAGAAAACGGUGAAAUAAAGAGUGAUUACAAGCUUCUUGGACAUCGACAAACCUGGCCAACCGAAUGUCCCGGAGAUAGUCUUUACACAAUGAUAAAGUCAUGGCCUCAUUGGUCCGAAAAUCAAUAAACAAUAAUGUACAUUUUACUUAAUACAACGUGAAAUAAAAGUUUUUUUCAUCAGUCACGAUAAAAACGAUCACAAACCAUAAUUGUGUAAUCGAUUAACAAUUAUAUGAACAUUUAUACAAA